AUGAACCACAUUUACAACACCCAAUUAGGCAAGGAUGAGCGAUAUGUCGAACCUCUAGCCAUGUCUGCCCCGACCGAUCAUGCCCCACCCCCCUGCAAGGUGAUGCUGGCCAAGCACGUCGCCAAUGGCCUGCUCGCCGAAGUGUCGGAGGGCGUCAAGACCCUCGAGAAGCCGCCGCACCUAGUCGGCUUCCUGGCGAAUAACGAUCCUGCGGCGCUGAUGUAUGCGCAGUGGACGCAGAAGACUGGCUUCAAAUAUACCCUCCGUGAAGUUCCUUGUGACGAUAUCGAAGACGCCCUCAUCGCCGCCAACGCCGACACCGACGUCGAUGGCAUCAUCGUCUACUACCCGAUCUUCAACAACCGACAGGACCAGUACCUGCAGCAGAUCGUGGACGUCUCAAAGGACGUCGAGGGUCUGAGCCACCGCUACAUCUUCAACAUGUACCAGAACAUCCGAUUCCUGGACCCGGAGACCAAGCGUCAAAAGUGCAUCCUGCCCUGCACCCCGCUGGCCAACAUCAAGAUUUUGGAGUACCUGAACAUCUACAACACCAUUCUGCCCUAUGGAAACCGGCUAUUCGGGCACACUAUCUGCGUCGUCAACCGGUCUGAGGUGGUGGGACGGCCGCUUGCUGCGCUUUUGGCGAACGAUGGCGCCUGCGUCUACAGUGUUGAUAUCACCGGUGUGCAGAAGUUUACCCGUGGUGAAGGAUUGCAGAAGGGUCGGCAUGAGAUUGUUCAUCUCGAUGGUGCUACGCUGAAGGAUGUUGCCCCGCUGUGCGAUGUCGUUAUCUCCGGUGUGCCCGGUGAGAAGUUCAAGUUUGAUACUAGCCUUCUCCGUGAGGGCGCUGUAUGUGUCAACUUCUCCAGUGAGAAGGUAAGUGUUGCUUUCUAA